GAAUUUCAGAUAUUUUUUUGUAUGAACCAAUUUGUGAUUAAACUUUAACAACAUUUCUAAUUGAUUUUAACAUUAAUUACGAUUAAACUUCAGUGAAGUGUCUCAGUGAUUAUCAUGAAAAAAUGCUGGGUUUAAGAACGAAAGGUGGUUACCUCUUUGAACUACCGCCUUCAAACAGGAUAGCAUCUUAAAUAAUACUGUUAUGGUAAAUAUCCCUCAAGCAGGAAGCAGUAAACGACGUUUUCAACAUGUCAGUGAAAGAUCUGAUUAACAAGUGCCUGACUAGUGGGCUGGAUAUAGUUGCAUUCAUCAUAGUAGGAGCUGUAUUUGUUGGAUUUAAAAACUAUGCUGCUCCACAUCACUCUGGAUUCUUCUGUUCUGAUUCUUCCAUUAGAUUUCCAUAUCAUAACUCAACAGUGCCAACUGAGGUCAAUAAUAUCAUCAGUUAUGGCGUACCUCUUGUUUGUUUGAUUGUUCUGCACUGGUUUCUGUUUGCCAGAUUGAAGAAGGGGUGGAGAGGUGUACUUUUUGACCUGAAACUACUUGUAUUUUUUGGAUUAAUAACUCAGACAACUACGCAGAUCCUGAAAAUUGCAGUUGGUCGUCUUCGUCCUCAUUUCUUAGAUGUUUGUGCAGUAAACUUGGAUUUAGACGAUACAGUUUGUGGAUCUAUAAACAAUCCUACUUAUGUCAGCAAUUACAGUUGUAUCGGAAACCCUGAAUUGUUCCCAGAAAGUAAAGAAUAUCUAAAAAAUAGGAUAAAGGAGGCGCGCCUUUCUUUCCCUUCAGGGCAUUCAAGUCUUGCUUUCUAUGGGAUGACUCUGACAAUCUUCAUUCUCCACAGGAGCAAGCUGACCUCUCUUCCAGUCCAACUAGUCCAGGCUAGUUGUUUACUUUACGCCAUGUUCACUGCUGUUUCAAGAGUAACAGAUAACAAGCAUCAUCCAGGAGAUGUGAUCGCGGGAAGUAUUCUGGGGGCAAUCUUUGCCCUUGCUGCUGCAUAUCAAAUGCCGAGAAGAAAUGCGGGAGAUAUUUGUGAAAAAUCUACGAAUACGGAAAUGGAGUUGAUUACUAAUAAUACUCUAAUGGAAACAGACGUGUCUGCAAGCUCUAUCUCAAACCUAAAGAUGCAAAUUUCCUAACCUAUAUUUGGCAAGAACAGGAUAAACUGUAUAUUCAUUUUUAUAUAAAAAUCCAUGACAUAGGAAUGAAAUAUUACAGUUUUCACUGGUUUUUUAUUCACAUUAUAUUAUUUUCAAUAUUGAUAAUAUUAUAUACUCAGGGUGUACUUAAGAAUGUAUGACACUUAAGUUUUGUAAAAAAAAAAACAUAUCAUAUUUUUUGUUCUCAACCUUUACCAUUUUUAAAGACUGAAUAAGAAUGUCAAUUACCCCUCAUGUAUCACUUAUAAAUACAGACAAAUUUUGAUUUAUCAUUUCUAUUUUAACAAUAAUAACUAUUAAGCAUGAAAACUGUUUGGUCUCCGUAAUAUUUUGUUGACAUAAAUAAUUUUUUUGAUGGGCAAAAACCCUGUAAAUGAUUUUUCAGAAAAAUGUAUUACUUUAAAUUAACACUUUUUAUCAAUUAAAAAUCCAAUUGUGUAGCUUGUAAAAUAAUUAUGCCUCUAGAGCGCCUUAUGUACUUAGGGUUCCACUAAGCAAAGAAUUCAAUAUUGAUAUUGUAAAAAUUCAUCUUACUUAAAUAUAUUUAAUUUUCAAUAAUGAGAUUCUUAUGUAUUGUGACAUCCUGCAUAUUUUAACUAUCCUACCUCAGAAUUACGCAAUAAAUUACAUAUUAAAAUAAUGAAAUAGAAAUAUUGCCAGAAAUAUCUGUUAGA